UCAUGAAGGUACCGGAAUUGGUCUUGCACUGAUAAAGGAACUUAUUACACUUCAUGGUGGUGAUAUCAGCGUAACCUCAAAAGUAGGACAAGGAACAACAUUCAAGUGUCGGUUUAUAACAGGAUAUAUUCAUUUACCAAGAGAUCAAGUAUGCCUCAAUAAAAAAGAAGAUGAAACAAGUUAUGAAAACCAACUAUAUACUAAAAAACAACUAUAUUUAGAAGAAAAUUUACAGUGGAUUCAUAGUAGUGAACCUAUGACUAGAGAACGUAACCGUUCAAGAUCAUCAGAUAAUGAAAGAUUUUCAUUGGAUUAUUUUUCUCUUUCUGAAAAUAUAAAACAUAGAAUUUUACUUGUUGAAGAUAAUACUGACAUGAGAAAUUAUUUGAAGGAAUUGUUAAAAAAAGAAUUUGAUGUUCAUACCGCUAAUAAUG